AUGCAACACACUGGUCGGCUCUCAGGAAGUCAUUUUUGUCAGCACAACAAGGAACGUUACAGAAACCCGAAGUUGAUGCUGCAGUCGUUAGCUUGUCAGCUGUCUGAUGUUUUACCAGAAUACAAAAGUGAACUUGUGAAGAAACUUUCUAGAAACUUGGGUGUGGACAUGAACAGCCUAGAAGUUCAGGAGUUGUUCGAAUUUCUUUUCGAAGAGCCUUUAUGCAGCGUAGGAGACCCUGGGAGAAAUUUGCUGUUAGUUAUUGAUGGCCUGGAUGAAAGUGAAUACCAAGGCCGCAAUGAUCUGCUUGAUGUCGUAGCUAAUCAUUUUUGUAAACUUCCUGUUUGGUUCCGGUUUCUUGUUACCACUCGACCGGAAAUAAAUAUUGCAGAUCGUCUUAAAAGGUUUAAUCCUAUUCAGCUGGAGCAAGAUGACGAAGAAAACGUGAAAGACAUCAGACUCUUCCUUGAAAAACAGUUAAGCAGCGUUAUUCAAUCGGGCUCUGUAGAUGUUGUUAUCGAUGCACUGGUCCGAAAGGCUGCAGGGCAUUUUUUAUAUGCUUAUUUGAUGGUCGAUUUUAUCAAGGAAAACGUUUCACCUCUCACCCCUGAGGAGUUAGGAAGAACCUUACCUUCAGGUGUAUCGUCUGUUUAUCAUUCCUACUUUGAACGUUUAGAGAAAGAAUUGAAAAUUAGUGAGGACCAGUUUUUGACUUUUCUAAGUGCUCUGGCGGCUGCAAGAGAACCGCUACCACUAGAAUUUGUUUCUAAGAUGAUGCUUUCGGACUCGAAGUCCCCAUCUGGUCCUCGGAAUGUAACAAAAGCUAUCAACUCUAUCUCAACCCUUCUACCUGUUCAUGAUGACUGCAUUGUGUUCUUCCACAAAUCAGUUAAGGACUGGUUGACAGACAGAACUGCCUACGGGCGACACAACUUCUCUGUGGAUGAAAAGCAAGGUCAUGUCAUGCUUUCUGAGCUCUGUACUAAUGAACUGAAUAAUGUGAAAAGAAGAGGCGUUCACGGCACAGAAUUCAGUGACACUGCAAGGUACGCCCUACAGCAUGGUGUUUAUCAUAUGCUCGAGUCUGGAGACCUGGAACAGAGUACAAGAAACUUUCAUGAAAUCGUUAACAACUAUGUUACAGACUUAAACAUUGUGUAUGCAAAGCUUUGUGUAAACAACACGGCUAGUUCUGAGGACAUUAUCCUGACUCAGAAACAAGAAGCUUUUGAGGCAUUGAGUAGUGAGAGGCAAAAAGCCCUUGGCACGUUGUUGUCUCUCUUACGAAAGUACCAUGGGAGACUUUCGACGCAUCCUUGUACAAUAUUUCAAGUGAUGGUGAACGAGGGAGGGGACGUUUUUGCUGGUGAAGCGACGAAAGUUUUACAGAGUCGUAAAUUACCAUACAUGGAGUACCGUCAUAAGGAAGCUGUGAAGAAGGAGUCGAAAAAGACCCAGGCUGAGUUUCCCUUUAACUCCAAGCUUGCUUGUUUUGAUAUUUCCCCUACGCAGGAGUUCAUGGUUUGCGAAUGUACUGAUGGAAUGAUUUACCUUUGGUCACUCAAAACGGGUGAGCAAAGGUGGGUACGUCCGGUUAAGGUCACGAAAGACUACUCUGGACCUUUCCGCCAUUUUAGAUUGGUACCAAACUCAAAUGUGUUCUCAUGUUAUCGCUCUGUUGUUUUUCACCCUACUGAGCCCAUUGUUCUUCCUGGAAUCCUUAGCCAUGCUUACUCGUUUGAAGGGAACCUCCAACCUUUGUUUCCAAACAGCAACUGCAGAUUUUCUGUUUGUUCUGUUCAUGGGGACGAGAGCAAAAUUAUCACCGAUUGCCCUGGUUAUGCUAAAUGCCUUGUCAUGUGGAAUCUAAAAAAUGGUGAAGAGAUCACUCGAACCAUCAGAAAUGAAGAUGUUUUGUCUUUUGCUUGGUCUCCAGAUGGAACGCUUCUGGUAAUUUCCCAUUGUUCAGGACUAAUACGUUUGGUUGACGCAUUGAACUGCUUAGACACCACUCUCGCAGAAGUCGCCACCGAUAAACCUUAUGGAAUGAUAAAGUUUGCCCCUGACACUCAAUUUCUUUUUUGUUUGUCUUGGUCAUUUCGUCCAAGUGAAAACGAACGUAACGAUAGGGCGAUAAUAGAACCGCAGCGACCCUCACAUUUUCGCUUGAACGUCAUUAAGUUGCCGUGUGGUGCCUUUUCCUUGAACGUUUUAGACGAAGAUUUUGGCCAGGAUCUAUGGAAUUACGAAUCAUCUAGCAAAGGUGGAUUCUUCAUGGGAGAUCCUAUAUUUUACAGGAUUUCCAGUACCUCGAAAGUUUUUUCUGAGGGGUUUGCAUUUGUAUUAAAUAACCAAAGGGUAUUAAUGGUGCUUCCUGACAACAAGAAAAUUACAAUGCUUCAACAUAAGGAUCAUUUGAGAGCCACCUGGUAUCGUCCCUUCAAUUCUAGUAUCCAUCAGAUUGCCUUCGCUCCAGAUGGGAUGACCAUUUAUGGUACCGGUGAAGAUGAAGGCCAAAUAGUGGCAUCUUUGGAUGUGUCGAGUAGAAAUCAAAAAGUACGGAGAAUGUUACAUACAAGAAAUAUUUUCCUUGUACCUGUGUUAGACGGUGCCAUUUUGAAAGGGUAUUUUGGGGCGAAUGUUCAGCUAUGGAAUUUGAAUUUCUCACAAGACUCACAAGAAGUCCCAAGUUGGCCUGAUUUAAGCAAGGUUAGGGAUAUAAUGCCAUUUUCAGACCAAUGUGUAGCGUGUGUGGGGAGAGAUUUUGAGGUAAGCAUCCUGGACACAUCAAAUGGAAACAUAGUGACGACCAUCCCACUUUGUGGCAAGGGUUUCCAGUCAGUAAAUCGUUCGUUGCGUAAAGAAGCCAUACUAUGUAACAGUAAAUAUCAGCUGCUAUGCACCACUCCUAGCUCAGUUCAGCUGUCAGAUGGCAAAAAAGAACUAUGGAAGAGAACUCUGAAAUUUCGAAAUCUUUUAUGUCCUGAAGGGGGCCUACCUGGGAUGUUUUCUCCAACAGAGGAGUUUGUCCUUAUCUCGUCUUUAAAACCCCAGUUCAAGGAAGAAGUACUUGUGCUUGAAGCAUGUUCAGGAAAGUAUCUCCGGACGCUCUGCACCGUUGACAGUAUUCUAGGCUGUGUCUUUGUAAGUAAGACGGAAUGUGUUAUCGUCUGCAAGAAUACUUCAGGGAGUUAUUGUCUUCAGUUGUUCAAUGUUAGCACUGGGGAUCUCCUAACUGUACUUGAUAUAGAUUUUGUACCGUCCCGGUGUCUGGCUUCCUGUCCACAAAAGGGUUUGAUUGCUAUUGGCCUUGAGUACUCCGAAUGUAUGUGCAUAGUUAUCGAAGUAAAACAGCUGCGA